UAUUCUCUACGUAUCCUUCCUUCCGUUAGUAAUUUUCGUUUAAGCUUGCUGCUUUCCCGAUUCUCUCAGACGCUCAACUCGUGCCGUUCAGCUCGCUCGAGUUAGAAGAUUCGAUCGUUUCGUGAGAAAAAUUAUCGGAAGUAGAGGAAAGAAAAAAAGGUCGCAAUCAUGGACGCGAUCAAGAAGAAGAUGCAAGCUAUGAAGCUUGAAAAGGACAAUGCUAUGGACAAGGCUGAUACCUGUGAAGGUCAAGCUAAAGAAGCUAAUUUGCGUGCAGACAAGGUCCUCGAGGAGGUUGCAGAUCUUACGAAAAAACUCGCCCAAGUUGAGAGUGAUUUACAAAUGAACAAACAAAAUCUCGAACAGGCUAACAAGGAUCUCGAGGAACGUGAAAAAUCACUUACCAAUGCCGAGUCCGAGGUCGCUGCUCUUAAUAGAAAAGUCCAAUUGAUUGAAGAGGAUUUAGAACGAUCUGAAGAACGUCUAAACACUGCAACUGCCAAACUUGCUGAGGCAUCUCAAGCUGCUGAUGAAUCUAGCCGUAUGUGCAAAGUAUUGGAGAACCGUUCCCAACAGGAUGAGGAAAGGAUGGAUCAGCUGACGAAUCAACUUAAAGAAGCUCGUCUAUUAGCUGAGGAUGCUGAUGGAAAAUCAGAUGAAGUAUCACGCAAGUUGGCCUUCGUUGAAGACGAGUUGGAAGUUGCUGAAGAUCGUGUCAAAUCUGGCGAAGCAAAGAUCAUGGAAUUGGAAGAAGAAUUGAAAGUAGUCGGAAACAGUUUGAAAUCAUUGGAGGUAUCUGAAGAAAAGGCUAAUCAACGAGUCGAAGAAUUCAAACGCCAAUUGAAAACGUUGACUGUUAAACUAAAGGAAGCUGAAGCACGAGCAGAAUUUGCUGAGAAGACGGUUAAGAAACUCCAGAAGGAAGUUGACAGGCUUGAGGAUGAACUUGGUAUCAACAAGGACAGAUACAAAUCACUCGCCGACGAAAUGGACUCUACGUUUGCCGAAUUGGCAGGAUAUUAGAAAGAUUUUCAUCUCUUUAUAAUUAUUAUUCUAUUUCUGCUAAUUCUUUUUCGAUUCUAUCCUCUAAUUCCUUUCC